AUGAGAUGUCCGAAUAACAAGGCAGGAAUAAUAUGGUAUGACAACUGUCUAGUCAAGUAUUCAUCGACCAAUUUCUUCGGAAAGAUUGAUUACGAGAACAGGUUCUAUCUGUACAACGUCAACAAUGUGAGCAAUCCAGCAUCGUUCAACACACAGACCAAAGCUCUUUUAACUGAGCUGACGAAGAAAGCAACUGCUGGAGGCAACCAGAAGCUGUUUGCUACAGGGGAGAAGAGUCUCGGGGAGAAGAAGCUUUACGGAUUAGUGCAGUGUACGAGGGACUUGAGGAGUGACAGUUGCAAGGCAUGUUUGGAUGGGAUUAUUGGGGAGCUUCCUAACUGCUGCGACGGUAAAGAAGGAGGGAGAGUUGUGGGCGGCAGUUGUAACUUUCGGUAUGAAAUUUACCCUUUUGUUAAGACAGCUUGA